AUGGACCUCCGCGCCCGCGUCGCCCUCGCCGCAACAAUCAUCCUCUUCCUCAUCUUCACGAGCGACGACGUGCUCGUGCCCCUCUUCGGCGAGCGGUUCCCGCCCUUCCACCGCAACGACGUCACGUUCCUCGUCGUCUCGCGCGCGCGGUCGGGCACGGACUGGCUCGAUUCGAUGCUCAACGACGCCGUCGACGUCUGCGCGCGCGACGAGCCGCUCGGCGACGUGAACACGUGGCGCAGGGCCGAGGCGGCGGCGGGCGUCGAGACCUCCGAGCUCGACCGGCGGCACGCGGCGCUCAUUAAAGAGAAGAUCCACGCGGUCACGUUCGGACAGUUCACCAAAUACAUGACGCGCGACAACGUCACGAACCACCACGUGCGCUGCGACGACGAUAUCGUGACGGCGCGGGGCUUCAAGUGGUUCCACAUGCAGGGGGGGAUCUGCCCCUACGGGGAGGGGAAGUACUGCGGCCAAAACCCCGCCGUCGACCGCGUCUUCCGCGACUGGCUGCGGAAGCACGAGGUGCGCAUCAUCAUGCUCGAGCGCCACGGCCUCGCCAAGUACGUCUCGGGCCUGCUCAAGACGAACCAGACGCUGCCGAAGCACUGCGAGACCGCGGCCUGCGUCGCGCGCGUCGGCGAAGUGACCGUCGACGUGUCC